GUUUGUUGUUGUUGAUAUUUGGCGUUUUUAUCAACAAUAUUUUUUAUUUAUUAGUUGUGUAAGUUUUAAAUGAAAGUAAAUACACAAGUUACUACUACUAAAUAAUAUUUAAUUGCAUCAACUUUUUGUAAUGGCCGGUGACUCUUACAUGAAUAAUUGCCGGGCAUGUCUUUCUCCAAAAACAUCUUUUACAUAUUUCCUAUUUGAAAACGUAUGUCCAGAUGCUUAUUACUUUUGUACCUCUGUUCAGGUAUCCAAAGAUGAACAAUUACCAAGAGGUGUGUGCAAUUCUUGUUUUGAUCUGCUAAAGAAUUACUCAGACUUCAAGCGCACAUGCCUACAAUCGCAGGCUGCAUUACUGGACAUUCUGACUAAUAAGUCAUUUAAAUAUGAAUUAGAUUUACAAGCAACAGACAGAACUGAUGACUAUGAAUUGAAUGAGACAUUGACUGAUAAAAUCAAGGUUGAAGUAAUUGAUGGUGUUAUUAAAAGUGAAAAUGAGAAUGAUGAUCAUGAAUACAUGACUCAAAAUGAUGAUGUUUAUGACGAUGACCCAGAAAUCAAUGAAGUCAAAAAUCAUAAAAGAAAUAAAUUAAAGAAAUCUAUGAAAUUAAAAGCACACAGAAAUAUAAAGAGACAAAGGAAGAAAUUUCUUUACACAUGUGAUAUUUGCCAAAAAAAGUUUAAUUAUAAGGAGAGAUUUGAUGCACACAAACUUGAACAUGAGGGAAAAAUUGCAUCCAUCUACUGCACACCUUGCCAGAAAUCAUUUAUCACUUGGAGUGGGCUAAAACGUCACCAAGACAGUGCACACACUCAAAUAAACCUGGAGAGCUUGCGGUGCAACACUUGUGGCAAGAUAUUCAAGAGUCGGGACACAUUGAGAUCACAUAAAAAGAUACAUGGCGAUAGAAACUUAAUUAUGUGUGACAUUUGCGGAAAAGGAUUCACUACUGCAACUAUUUUAAAGACUCACUUAGAAACACACAAAGAGAACAGAGAGCGACGUUUCACGUGUGAACACUGUGGCAAGAAGUUCUUUACGAAAACAAUACUCCUAUCACACGUAGCAAGGAGACAUUUAGGCCGAACUUUUAUUUGCCAGAUAUGUUCGUACCCAUUCAACGACAAGUAUAACUUGGCUAAACACUUAUUAGUACACGAUGGGAAGAAAUUGUUCAAGUGUGACAUCUGUAUGAAGUCCUUUAGAGCACAUUCCACUCUGGUCGAACAUAAGCGAUUGCAUUCAGGAGAAAGACCCUAUGUAUGUACCCAUUGUCAGAAAACAUUUGUAUCCAAGAAGAGAUUGACUGAUCACGUAAGAAUACAUACGGGUGAUAAGCCGCACAAGUGCACACUUUGUGAGCAGAGGUUCACGCAACGAGGGACUCUGAAGAGACAUAUGAAAGUUCAUGACAGGCCUGCACCUACAAUAAGCUAAUAUAAGAAUGAAAAAUAACCGUAAAUACUCAAUAGAUUUCAUGUAGGUAGGUACUGAUAUCAUCAUUUGAGACAUUAUUACAAAUUAUACCAAAUGAACAUAAAUAAUUUUAUUUAUUCUUGUUCUUAUUGCCUUAUGUAUGAUCAUAGUAACAGUAUUAUCUGAUUUUUUAUGCGAUGGAUACGAAACACCAGACGAACUACAAUUGUGCCGCCAGCCUUUUGGGGAAAAGAGGUUUUAGGGAAUUAGGGAUUGCAAAUUGACAAUGAGAGGAAAAGGCAAACCUUUCCCCAAAACGCUGUGGUUGUUUCACGCUGGUGGUCUGUGAGGCCGUGGUAUCUCUGCGGUAAGUCCAGCUCAUUCGUGUCUGACUCUCCCACUUUAACUGUCAAGAGACAUACAAAGUUAAAUAAUUUAACUAUAAGACUUACUCACAUCCGCUCAUAAUUAAGAGUCCCGAUGGGACAUGAAACGAAAAGGAAAGAGAAGAAUAGAGUUGAAGUAAAGAGGUUUGUUUUCUUCAUCAAUACUUCUAAAUAAGCUGUUUCAGUUUAAAUUUGAAUCACUAGUAUUAGAGUUAUUCCGAUAUUUUUCUUUUAAAGAUUCUAAAUAAAACAUGGAUAUCUAUCGUUCGCUCGAUCAAUCCUACCGAGUAGUGUUAUUUUUUUACAACAGAAUUAAAAUAGGGAAUAUGUAAAAACCUUCUUUUUAUUUCCAAAUAAAUAUGAUAAAACAACAUAGUUGCUCAAUAUUUACACAAUUUUCUUAUUAAUUAUCCAGGUACUUGCGGUUCAUCUUGGUAACUGUUUAACUAAAGUCAAACAUCAGUAUUCCAUUGUGAAUAUUCUGCCACAGGUCCUUGUAACCUUGCCCUAAGCAAUAUGUUCUGUGGUUUUUCUGCCUCCUUCUGCAUAUGUCCCUUCAUGUGUCGAUUUAAAGCGCCUUUUUGUAUGAACGCUUGGUCACACAGCUGACAUUUGUGAGGUUUCUCGCCCGUAUGAGUCAUUCUAUGGGUCCGUAACUCUUUUCGCGCCAUAAACCGUUUUGGACACAGAUCACAAGCAAAUGGUCGUUC